CACACACACACAACCAACUAGGAGUGAACAGAAAAAUCACGUCUCCUGUCUCUGCUUCUUUCUUCUUCAUUUGAGGCCACGAAGAUGGCCAAAACACAGAUCCUGGUUUCCUUGGUGUUGGUUUUUCUUGCAGUAAGUUUUAGUAAAAGUGAAGGGUACUCAGUGAGAGAAGCAGAAGAAGAAGAAGAAGCUGACAGAAUAUCAGCACUUCCAGGACAACCCAAAGUCUCUUUUCAACAGUUCUCUGGUUACGUUACUGUCAACAAAGUUGCUGGUCGAGCUCUCUUUUACUGGCUUACUGAGGCUGCCAAUGACCCUUUGUCUAAGCCUCUGGUCAUCUGGCUCAAUGGAGGUCCUGGUUGCUCCUCUGUGGCAUAUGGUGCAUCAGAAGAAAUUGGUCCGUUCAGAAUUAACAAAUCAGCCUCAGGGUUAUACCUCAACAAGUUCUCAUGGAACAGUGUGGCUAACCUCUUGUUCUUGGAAACUCCAGCUGGGGUAGGCUUCUCUUACAGCAACCAUAGCUCAGAUUUGUUCGAUACCGGCGAUCAUCGAACUGCUAUAGACUCGUUGGAGUUCUUGAUUAGAUGGCUUGAUCGAUUCCCACGAUAUAAGAACCACGAAGUUUAUAUCACUGGUGAGAGCUAUGCAGGCCAUUAUGUGCCUCAGUUGGCUAGACAGAUCAUGAUUUACAACAAGAAAUCCAAGCACCCAAUAAAUCUCAAAGGAAUAAUGGUGGGAAAUGCAGUCACAGAUAACUAUUAUGAUAACCUUGGGACUGUGACAUAUUGGUGGAGCCAUGCCAUGAUCUCUGAUAAAACGUAUCAGCAACUUAUCAACACUUGUGAUUUUCGAAGGCAGAAAGAAUCAAACGAAUGUGAAUCAUUGUAUGCUUAUGCCAUGGAUCAAGAGUUUGGAAACAUUGAUCAGUACAACAUAUAUGCACCCCCUUGCAAUAAUUCAGAUGGUAGCCGUUUUACCAGGCAGAGUAUGCGAUUGCCUCAUCGACCACAUAGGAUUUUCAGGCAGAUAUCUGGUUAUGAUCCUUGCACAGAAAAGUAUGCUGAGAUUUACUACAACAGGCCAGAUGUGCAAAAAGCACUCCAUGCCAACACAACCGGAAUUCAUUAUAAAUGGACUGCUUGCAGUGAAGUUCUAAAUCGCAAUUGGAACGAUACAGAUGCAUCCAUUCUACCAAUUUACAGGGAAAUGAUUGCUGGUGGCCUGAUAGUUUGGGUUUUCAGUGGUGAUGUAGACUCAGUGGUUCCAGUUACAGCCACAAGGUAUUCUCUUGCACAACUGAAAUUAACAACCAAAAUUCGCUGGUAUCCUUGGUAUGUUAAGAAGCAGGUGGGGGGCUGGACUGAGGUCUACCAAGGGCUAACAUUUGCAACAGUGAGAGGGGCAGGUCAUGAAGUACCACUAUUCAAACCAAGAGCAGCUCUUCAGCUAUUCAAAUCAUUUUUGAGAGGUGAACCCCUUCCAAAAUCUUGAAAAAAAUGUCUCCCCCAACUCAAGUAUCCACUUCUGUAUUGUUGUUUAAGACAGAAUUAUGUCAUUUUUAACAAUUGAAAAAUCAGUAGAGAAAAGGUUUGAUUGUCUGACACAAGGGAAAAGAAAAGGGAGUGAAUGGAAUGAAAUAAGGUUUUGGUUGUAAGUAUGCAUUUGUUUGAAUGAAAAGGGAAAGUAUAGGCUAUUGGCACUUCCUUAUCCUGAUUGGCUUUUUUCCGUUCCUACAAAUGCUAUUCACCUUUUCCAUUCCUGUUAUGGGAUUCAUAUGAAUAAAAUAAUAUUUAGCUAUAGAUAUCCCUUUUCCAUGAAGAACAUAGUUUCU